AAACCAAGAGCAAUACUAUACUAAUGAAACAAAGCAUUAUUAAUCUCAUUUAUCGCUCUGACUGCUUCAGAAAUCUUCUGUUUUCUCAUUUCUUAGAUCUCCCUGACCCAGUUACAAACUGUCUGCCACAACAGUGUCUAUUUUUGGGUUCACAGCUCAGAGGGCAGUAGCAUUGGAGGGGCUACAUGCCUUUGCCUUGCAUUUGCUCAGAUAUCUCUAACCAGCCUGACUUGCACAUUCUGCAAAACAGACGUGUUACCUGAAGAACAACAUGGACAUUUACUGGGCUUUUUAGACAGGAGAAGAUCGCUGUCAAUCGAUUUGAAAAGCUGAUGACUUUGAGACAACCUCAGUAUUGGUUCUGGGUGUGUAAAGCCUCUUGUCUAACUUUGCAAAUAUUCAGUUCAUGAAAAUGGAACUCACCGCCAAGCAUGGAUUGGUGCUGCUCAGUCAGCUGAGGAAGAUGAGGGAGGUCGAGCACCUGACGGAUGUGGUGCUGGUCGCUGAGGGCAUCAGCUUCCCCUGCCACAGGGUUGUGCUGUCUGCGUUUAGUCCAUACUUCCGUGUCAUGUUCACAUGUGGUCUGCGUGAGUGCAACACCAGAGAAAUAUUCCUGCGAGACACCCCUGCCGACAGCCUGGCUCUCCUCUUGAACUACAUGUACUGCUCAGAUCUUCCUCUAACUAAUGCCAAUGUGCAAGGCAUCUCUAUUGCAGCUUUUCUCCUGCAGAUGGAUGAUGUCUUUGUGCGCUGUCAGCAGCACAUGACUGAGAACAUGGAUGCCUCCAACUGUCUUGGUGUGUAUACCUUCGCCCGAGACCUUGGUGCGGAGGACCUAGCUGACCACGCUCAGCGCUUCCUGAGACAGUAUUUUGUCCAGGUGUGCAACAAUGAGGAGGUUGUGGAGCUGGAGGCCCAUCAGCUUGGAAAACUCCUGAGUUCUGAUGACUUAAAUGUGACGCGAGAAGAAACAAUCUUGGAUGUGGUUCUUCGCUGGGUCAAACACGUCCCUCUGAUGGAUGGAGAAGUACGCAGCCGUCAUCUUCCAGAGCUUCUGAGGAAGGUUCGUCUGCAAUUGAUCAACCCUGACUACCUGAGGGAGGCGAUGAAGAGAAACACAGCACUCCUUUCUGAUGCUGAAUGUCUAGAGAUGCUGAAUCAAGCUUUAGACGCUGCGUCAAUGCAUCCUUCAGCUGCACCACGCAAACUGAAGCUGCGAUAUGGCAUGGAGACCACAGAUCUGCUGCUCUGCAUUGGUAAUGAAAGUGGUGGGAUCAGGUCAAGAUAUGGCAACUACUCAGAGCGCAGCUUUUGCUAUGCCCCUUCCACAGGCCGGACCUACUACAUCACCUCCCCUCGCUAUGCGGAGGCUUUGGGGUAUGUGUGCGCUGGUAUUGUCACUGAAACAAACAACAUAAUCGUUGCAGGAGAGGCAAGUGCACGUAGGAUGGCCCGACAGAAAGACUCGAAUGUUGAGAUCUACAGGUAUAAAGUGGAGGCCCAAGGAAGCUGGGACAAACUGACAGCAGCAGAGUACCGUGACUCUUAUGCUCUGGGAUCUCUGGGUGACACUUUGUACCUCUUAGGCGGGCAGAUGAGACUUAAGAACCAGUUUCUCAUCACUAACUGUGUGGAGCGAUGGUGUCUGCAGGGAGGACCCUGGAGGAGUGCAGCACCUCUUCCUAUGCCUCUGGCAUAUCACAGCGUGGUCACAAUGAAAGACAGACUCUAUGUGAUGGCCGGCCGUACACCACAGUCAUACCGCAUGGAUGAUGAGCCGGACCGCCUCAGUAACCGCCUUCUGGAGUAUGACCCAAACACAAACAAAUGGACAGAGCUGGGUCCUAUGAAGUACUCAAAGUACAGAUGCAGCGCUGUUGUGCUAAAUGGAGAAAUCUAUGUGAUCGGAGGUAUUGGAUGUGAGGGUGUGGACCGUGGACAAUCGCGUCGCUGUCUGGAUGCUGUGGAGAUCUACAAUCCAGAUGGAGAUUACUGGAGGGAUGGACCUCCUCUACCAUGUCCCCAACUCUCACUGCGUACCAAUGGCUCUAAUGCGGGAGUGGUGGAAGGAAAGAUUUAUGUUUGUGGAUAUUACAAAGGAGCAGAUCGCCAUGAUGAUAUAACAAAGGACAUUCUGGAGUUGGAUCCAUGGGAGAACCGGUGGACAGUGGUGGCUCGGCGUGCGCUGAUGCAUGACAACUAUGAUGUCUGCUUAGUGGCAAAUCUUAACCCAAGAGGACUCAUGUCUCCACCUGCAGACUUAGUCAAACUGUGACACCCAGCUGUCAGAUCAAAGUCUGUGUGGGAAAAUAAGUGAAGGAUAUUAACUAUUAAUGCACUUAUUGCUUGGCCAAAGGCAUUCAUCAUUUUUCAGGCAGAACAGGUCUUAGUGCCCUGCUUGUAAAGGUGUGUGCUUAACGGCUUACUUGCACACUGGUAGGAAGAAAAUUAUUUUGUAAAUACAGUCCUUUUGUUGCUUAUUGUGGAGCCUAUUACCUGAAACCUGCAGCUGUGUACCACACAUCCGGAAGAAGCUAUUAUUAAUGGCACCAAAAAAUUAUUUCCUUUACAUAUUUUAAUAGCGAUUAUAUUUUUAAAAAAAUGUCUUGCUUUCAUGCAAGUUAAACAAAAUGAUGUCUGUUUUGCAGGAUAAACACUAAAGCUUUUUGAUGUUUACAGUAGUGGCACUUAAGUAAAUCUUGAUUGUUAAUUUAUUUACUUGUACUUUCUUGGUUAAGCACCACAAAAACAUGCCAUUGCUUUUAAAAAAUAAAUUUGCACUUUAAUCAG